AUGGAGGCUCCAAUCAGCAAGUUCCUUCUCCUCUCAGGCUUACUGGAGAUCAUAUAUAAACCAGGGCAGCCUCGAGCUUGUCAAGAGGCCUUUGGGGAUCUAUUCGCUCUUAUCAACGAUCCUUGUCGUGCAUUCGAAGACAAGGAUGGUGCAUUCAAUAACGUCCUCACGCAGUUCAUCCAGCGUUGCCUUUGUCGGAAUCGACACUACAAGAAUGCCGACCACGCCAGGAGCCAAUGGGAAAAAGAGCUUUACGAUCGCGAAAAAAGAAGCCAACUGCGCUUAGGGUUGCAAGAGAUCCUUUCCAGACCAUUGGAAGAGACCAUCUAUUCCACGCCACCAUCCUCAAAGUUCAAGCUCCGCGUGUCGGGAACACCAGCGAGCCCUGAAGAGGACGUGGCACGCAAAGUGACAGAAAAGGCAUACGAACCCCUCACAGACCUGGAUCAGAAGCCUGGCCGUCUCUAUCUUAUCUCUCUUCCUGGACAAGAAGAUAUGUUCAAAGUGGGAUUUACAAAAGACAUCAAGAAUCGAUUUUCCACUCACCGGCGGUGCUACGGAGACAUCACGAUCGUGAAAAAUGCAUUCCUACCCUUUGCUCGUCGAAUCGAGCAGCUAAUCCUCGCCGAGCUAUUCCAGCAGCACUGUGUACUCACGGAGAAAUGCGAAAGCUGUGACAAGUCCCACAAGGAAUGGAUUCAAAUCGGCAAAGCCGACAUGGUAACCGUCUUUGACAAAUGGGUUGAAUUUGCCCGUGGAGAGAAUGAACUUGAUCUUCGAGUGACUGAGGCUUACGACAAAGAUGGCAAUUUCAGCUCGAAACAUGUGGCGCUCCCACCUCCUGCUGGAAAUUAUAAGUUUUUAGUUUCGACUUCGUCGAAAAAGAGUCGUCGUCGAUCAACCGGGGCCUCAUCACAGAACUCGCCUUCUAAGCCUAGUUCUGCCAGGUCUGAUAUCAGUUUCAUUGAUGAAGGCAUUAGUUACUUGAGUCUCGGCGACAGCCAGCCUGGGAAUGAUGAUAGUGAUGAAGACGACCACUCGGAACACAUCUCGUCCUUUGCCGCGAAUCUACUUGCUGCGCAUACCAAGUGA